UGGAUCACGAUGGCCCAGCUGUUGGACGGGGCCGGCAAACUGAGCUGGACUCUGCUCAAGGCUGUGCUCCGUUUUGUGUUUAUGUUCAUCAACAACUGUGUAGCCAUCCCGUCCUACUGCCUAUACCUGCUCGUGCUGCAGCCCCUGAGAAUAUGGCACAGCUCCACGUUCUGGCACCUUGAGGGAGUCAUGUUUAAAUGGCUGCUGGCCAUGGUGUCGUCGUGGGGCUGGAUUGCAGGCUACACUGUAACGGAGUGGGGUGAUGAUGUGCGGCCCAUCUCUGAUGAUGAAGCCAUGGUCAUUGUCAACCAUCAAUCUACGGGAGAUGUGUGUACCCUCAUGAUGUGCCUGCAGGACAAGGGCAUGGUGGUACGAAAAAUGAUGUGGCUGAUGGACCAUGUGUUCAAAUACACAAACUUUGGCCUAGUGUCCCUCAUACACGGUGACUUCUUUAUUAGACAGGGAAAAGCCCACCGAGACAAACAGCUGGUCUAUCUGAAGGAUCACCUUGACAAAUAUUACCAUAGCCGCGACAGGAAGUGGAUAGUGCUGUUCCCCGAAGGAGGAUUUCUCCGCAAACGGAGGGAAACCAGCCAGAUAUUUGCCAAAAAGCAUUCGUUACCCCACCUGACCCAUGUCACGCUGCCUCGCCUUGGUGCCACCCACGUCAUCCUGAAGACCCUAUCAGCCCAACAUGAGAAUGGAAGUGUGGGCAAUGACAGCGGAACCCCCAACCAGACAGGUAAAAAGCGCAAAGGCCUGCAGUGGGUGAUAGAUGUGACUAUUGCUUAUCCCAAAGCACGACCCAUGGACAUCCAGACAUGGAUUUUUGGAUAUAGGUCAGCAACAGUCACACAUGUUCACUACAGGAUGUAUCCUAUUAAAGAGGUUCCUGUAGAAGAGCAAGCUCUGACGGACUGGCUAUAUCAGAGGUUUGUGGAGAAAGAAGACUUGCUGGCGCACUUCUAUGACACAGGGGCGUUCCCACCACCCGAGGGCCAGAAGGAAGCAGUCUCCCGGCAAAUGACCCUGGAUCCCGUGUGGCUGUGCGCCAUCCAGUCGUUCGCUUUCGUCUCUGGCUACAUGUGGUACAGCCUCUUGCGGCACCUCUACUGCGUUAUGUUUUGA